CCGAGAGUGAAACAUAGUUUACAAACGAAUUAUUGGACAAUUGGCGUGUCAUAAACGUUCCAAAAUUACAAAAUUGCAUGUUAAGUAGGACAAAUAAUGCAUGUGCGUGCAAAUGUAAUAGUUUUGCAACAAGUUAACAAGUAUAAAACGGGCUGCAUAAACUGCCUAGUUGUCUGUUAGUAGUGAAGAUUUCUUAAAAUAUAAUUUAGUCAGUAUGGAACAUUUUUCGUAUCAGCAAAUUCUACAGGCAUUAAAGAAAACCCAGGAAGAAUUUCGUUUUCCAGGCACUAAACUCGAACUGAUUUCGGAGGAACGUUUCCCAGAUAUAUUUAAGGCAGUUGAGGAAUGUUUCUUGACCGACGAACCACUAGGAAAGUCAAUGGAAAUGUCCUGGAGUUCGGAUGCGGAGAACCUCUGGCUAUCAGCCUUAAGAUAUAGAAUGUCACUUAUGGCCGUUAAUGAGAAAAAUGGAGACAUCGUGGGCUUUCGCGUGAUACGUGUCACAAAGCAGUCGGAUCACUUCAACAAUGAUGAAAUCAAAGAUGAAAACGUUAGAAAAAUAGUAGACCUCUUGGAAUAUUCCUCAAAAAACUUUAAUUUCUUUGCGAAUUAUGACAUUUCAGAAAUGUUUGAAUUUUUCGGUCUUGGCGUGAUACCAGAAUACAGGAGACAUGGUCUUGGAACACAGGUGUGAAAUUUCUGUGCAACCUACAAAAGCCAUACUACAUUAAAGGAUCAGCCUCGUCUAACUAUUCUAAGAAGAUAUAUGAAAAAUGCGGUUUUGACAUACUAGCAGAGUUCCCAUUUGAAGAUUAUGAAGUUGAUGGAAAAGUUGUUUUUGAUAACACGGGGGAGCAUAAGUCGCUCAAAGUAUACGGAAAGUGUUUAAGAUUUGUUUGACGAUGAUUUAGUGAUCGAUGUGCUAAGCAUAAACCCGUUUUAAUGUUUACUUAUUCUGCAUACAAUCUGAACAAAUGACAAUAUUUACUUUGGUACACAAAUGAGCCGCGCCGUGGGAAAAUCAACAUAGUGGGUUUGCGACCAGCAUGAAUCCAGACCAGCCUGCGCAUCCGCGCAGUCUGGUCAGGAUCCAUGCUGUUCACUAACAGUUUUUCUAAUUCCAAUAGGCUUUAAAAGUGAACAGCAUGGAUCCUGACCAGACUACGCGGAACCAUGCUGGUCGCAAACCCACUAUGUUGGUUUUGUUAUGGUCUGGCUCAAAUGUAUAAUAUUGUUCGCUUUACGAAAAAAGAGGUGUUAGGAAUUGGGAAAGUAAACCAACAUUGCAAAAAAGUAAAAGUAAGACGUUUAGUUUUUUUGUCAUAUUAAACAGAUAUUAGUUUUGUUGAUUUAAACUUUCUUAUUGAUUUUAUUCAAGUUUAUUUUGUAGCGGCUAAAUUAAGAAAAUAAACUUUUGUUAUUUAAUUGAUUUUUAAGUCAGAUCCUUAAUUAUUGUUGGUAAUAUUGUAUCAUAAAAGGAGACAGAUGACAUUUAAUUGUACUGCAACACAUCUUUGACGUUCAGUCUGCCAAUGACCUGCCUCCAUUUACUGAUCAUUGUCAAUUUUUACAACGUCAAACGUUUACCUGAAUUAAUCCAGUAAUAUCACCCAAAAUAUGAUUGUUAGCAGCCUUUCAGAGAAACGCAUGGACCGUUAAUAUUGUCUUUUUUAAAUAUCAUUAAAACAAUUUACUAGCUAUUUGCUUAACCAGAACAAACUUUCCUUACACCAUUUGCAGGGUUGUUAAUUAUUUGUUUCAGUGUAAGAUGGAACAUUUGGCAUUUUCAAAAUUUUCGUCAAGGAACUAGUCUUUAUAUAUCGUAUCUAAACCUCGACUACUUAGCGUAAAUCUAUAUGCGGAUACUUUCGUAUAUAACCCAUCAAUGUAAUUCCUAAUUUCUUAUUAUAUGUAAUUUAGUUAGGAGGAUAAAACAAUAUGUUUUCGAUACUGAUGUAAAUAUGUAAUGGCAAGCCACUUAUUUAAUUUAUAUAUUGUUGAAUUUCGACUUACAUUUUCCGUAGUAUUCACAUAUGCUAAAAGUACAUUCACGUCUCAAUGCGAGGUAAAUAAUAUCUGUUACAUGUAUAUAUAGUCUGAGAGCCAAGGUCCAAAUUUAGAAAAAAGUGUCCAGCAAGUUAAACAAAAUAUUUCUAGAAGAAGGUCCACUACAUAUCCUCGGAGUCAUCAGUUGACUGUUACACCGUCCCUUUCAACAAGCGAAAAACUUUUAGUGAUAGAAGCUUUAGUACUAUAGGGCCAAAGUUGUGGAACAAUUUACCGCUGAACAUCAGACAAAGUUCUUCAAUUGACUGCUUUAAGAAAAAGUUGAAAACGCAUUUCUUCAGAGACUACUUUGCAUUAUUCUAAGUUUUGACUGAGUUUUAAAACAGUGAUGCUAGUGACAGUGAUAGAAAUUUAAUGUUUGUCUGUGAUAAUUAUAUGUUAGUAAUAUUUUAAAAUAUAGUAUUAUCAUUAACUUUAAAUUAAUAAUUGCUAUUUUAAUUCGUUUUAAUUAAUCUUAUUUAAAAUAUCUUAUAUUUAAUAUUUUAUUUCAACUUGUAUUGUACAACGCCACUGAAUAUGUUUUAAAUGUAGAAAUAGGCGUUUAAGCAAAUAAACCAGUUUCA